AUGGCCAUCUUCCCAAGCCAACGCGUGCCGAUUAUUCAAGGCUGGGAGUUUACACAACUAGGUGGUGGUCCAGAAAAUGCUGAUGGAGAAUGGCUCCCCGUCAGUAAAGUCCCUACGGUUGUUCAAGCCGAGUUGUUAAAGCUGAAGAAAAUACCAGACCCCCACAUUGGUUUGAAUGAAUAUGACGUCCAAUGGGUCGGGGAGGCUGAUUGGGCGUUUCGCACGGAAUUCGGUGCAGACGAUCAUCAACUCGAUCGUGAGCAUGUGGACUUGGUUCUCGAAGGCCUCGAUACGUACGCGACCGUCCAGCUGAAUGGGGUCAAAAUCCUAAGUGCGAACAACAUGUUCGUUGAGUAUCGCUGCCCUAUAAAAAAGUAUAUGAAGCAAGGAAAGAACACUCUCGUGAUAGUGUUUCCCUCUACCUUCCUCAAGGGACGCGAGCUCCAGGACCAGCACGGAAAACUUGCAUGCUGGAACGGAGAUCCAAGCCGUUUGCAUGUUAGGAAAGCUCAAUAUCACUAUGGAUGGGAUUGGGGCCCAGUUCUUCUCACUGUCGGGCCGUGGAAGCCAAUUUGUCUCCAUAGCUAUACUUGGUGUUUGGAGGAGGUCAAUAUUGCCUCCACUGUUGCGUCAGACCUCUCGGUCGCAUUUACUGUCCAUGCCAAGGCAACCAAGUCCGCCGUAGCGUCAUCUUUACAGGCAAGAGUUUCCAUAUGCGGCUCCCCUCAACCACUUGCCUUCAGACAGCGAACGUCAUCCUUGGAUGCGGAGGGAAAGUCAUCCGUUUGCUUUUCAGCAUCCCCGAAAGAACUGGAACUUUGGUGGCCGUUAGGCUACGGAAAGCAGAAUCUGUAUACCAUCAGCGUAGAACUACUCGCUGAGGAUGGUCGGACGGUGAUAGACACCGCCACGGUGCGGGUCGGGUUUAGAAGAGUCGAAGUUGUCCAAGACCCGCUCGAAAGUGAGGAAGGAAGGACAUUUUAUUUUAGGAUCAAUAAUAUACCCAUCUUCUGUGGAGGGUCGAAUUGGAUUCCUGCCGACAACUUUCUCACUGAGAUUUCCCCUGACCGCUAUAGGAAGUGGCUUCAGCUUCUCGUUGAUGGGAAUCAGAACAUGGUCCGCGUUUGGGGUGGUGGUAUAUACGAAUCCGACGAUUUUUAUAGCAUCUGCGAUGAGCUUGGCAUUAUGGUCUGGCAAGACUUCCUAUUUGGCUGUGGCCAGUAUCCCGCAUAUGACGAAAUACUUGAUCAGGUGAAGAUGGAAGCAGAACAAGCUGUCAAGCGACUUCGGCACCACCCUUCACUCGUCAUUUUUGCGGGAAAUAAUGAGGACUAUCAACUUGCCGAAUCGAACAAUCUUGAGCUUGAUUAUUCAGACGAUCCCCCCGAGUCAGAUACUGAUUACCGCAAGACCAACUUUCCAGCUCGUCACAUCUAUGAACGGGUGUUACCAGAGAUUGUGGAGAGGCUCAGUGGGGUACAAUAUCAUAGGGGAUCCCCGUAUUCCGGCUUUGGGAAACUGACGACGGACCAGAAGUAUGGCGACCUCCAUCAGUGGAAUGUGUGGCAUGGAUCUCAAGAGCCGUGGAAUAACUGGGACGUUCUUUCCGGGAGAUUUGUGUCUGAAUUCGGAAUGCAGGGAUAUCCCGACAGGCGGACCGUAGACUACUGGACUGGCGGCGACAAGGAAGAGCGGUACCCGCAAUCUAGAGUCACCGGUUCACACAACAAGGCAGCUGGCUUCGAGCGUCGUCUUGAACUGUACCUCGUUGAGAACUUCCGGCAUUCAUUUGAUAUGGAUAGCUACAUUUACUAUACCCAGGUGAUGCAGGCUGAAACCCUGGCCUCCGCUUAUCGACUUUGGAGAAGGAAUUGGAAAGGUCCAGGGAGGGAAUAUACUGCCGGAGCUUUAGUCUGGCAGUUGAACGAUUGUUGGCCAGUAACAUCUUGGGCCAUAGUGGACUACUUCCUUCGGCCAAAACCAUCGUAUUUCGCUGUUAAACGGGAACUAGCCGCUUUCACCGUGGGGAUAACUAGAAACGAAGUGAAGACGACGCCAAAUGACAAGCCAAAUAGCAUCGCAUAUUUUGAGAUUGACACCAAGGUAGAGAUAUGGGGAACGAAUUCUACUCUUGCCCCCGAGGAACUUGAACUCCUAGUCGAAGCCUUUGAUCUUAAUGAUAGAUCAUUCAAUUGGAAAGAAGAAAGGGCCGUCAAGUUGUCACCCAACAGUAGCACCGAAUUAUGGACUGGUCAAGUACCUGGCCAACAAAUCCGCACCAAGUUGAGCGAGGUCCCACGCCCGAUCGUCAUCAGCGCACGCUUAAUGAGGUCCGGAGAAGUAGUUGGGCGUUGUGCUAAUUGGCCCGAACCCUUCAAGUUCCUAAAAUUCCCUCACCCAUCCGAACUCGGUUUGAAAAUCGUGGCGAGUGAAAACACAUCUGGUGACAUUACUUCGGUCAGACUGAGCACAUCAGUGCCUAUUAAGGCGAUCGUACUUGAUGCAGAUGGCUCUCAAGAUGUAUCUUGGAGUGACCAAUUCAUCGACCUCAUACCUGGUGACGACCAAAUUAUCGAGGCCAAGGAACUCAACAGUCGAAAAAUUACAGUUAGAUUCCUAGGUGAUGGCUCGGUCUGA